AUGAUUUCCGUGGCGUCCGUCCUCUCUCUGCUGGCGCUGUCGGCCCCGGCCCUCGCCGGGUCCGGGUGCUCUCCCACCGCCACCAUUUCCAAUGGCACCGUCAUCGGCUUCACGGAUAGAUCCAGUGCCGUAGACAAGUUCCUCGGCAUUCCCUACGCGGAGCCACCGGUCGGUGAUCUCAGACUGGCGCUGCCGGAGCCUCUUCGAAGCCCUUUCGGGUCUCUAAAUGCUACCGCAUUCGGUCCCGCCUGCUACGGAAAGAAGGACAUCGGCCCCCAGAGCGAGGAUUGCCUCACCCUCAAUAUCUGGAGGCCUGCUGGCACUGCGCAAGGAGAUAACCUCCCAGUUUUUGUGUGGCUCUUCGGAGGUGGCUUGACAGGCGGCGAUGCGUCUGACCCUCGAACGGAUGGCACGCAAAUGGCCCGCAUCUCGGAGGAGCUCGAUAUCCCCAUCAUCGUCAUAUCUCUUAACUACCGUGUCGGCGCCUUUGGCUUCCUUAACGGUCAGGAGAUGACCGACUUGGGUCUCCUCAAUCUCGGUAUGCUUGAUCAGCGCCUCGCUCUUCAUUGGGUGCAGGAUAACAUCGCAGCCUUUGGCGGCGACCCUACCAAGGUCACUCUUGGAGGCGAAUCGUAA